AAAGCGAUAACUAUUGCAUCAUAAUGUCGAGAUUAAGAACAUUAUUUCAAAUACCAAAUCAACUAAUUUUAAGGACAGUAUGUACAUCUCGAAGUUUACUAAAAAAAUUUCCUAACGUCGAGAAUCAUCUUUCUUCAGAUAUAAUAAAUCAAUUUCGGCAGUUUAGUACAAAUACGUCAGAGCCAAAACUUCAAGAUGAAAGUAAAGAAUCAACGCAGCCACUUGCCAAAAUUCAAGCAAGACUUAUGAUCCAGUUUACGUGUAAAAAAUGUGAUACGCGAAGCUCUAAGACAAUGUCAAAGCUAGCUUAUGAAAAAGGUGUAGUAAUUAUUCGGUGUGAUGGUUGCAAAAACAAUCAUCUGAUUGCUGACAACUUAGGCUGGUUUAAUGGAGAUAGACAAAAAUUAAAUAUUGAAAAACUAAUGCUGAUAAAUGGUGAAAAAGUAAAAAGAUUGAACGCGUAUGGACAUGAGAUUCUUGAAGUUGUUGAAAAAGAAGUGUUAGAAAUUAAAAAUGUUGAUAAGAAGUAACGAAGUUUUAACGAAUCUGAAAACUUGGUUCUAAAAAAUGACUGAAGAGUAUAAAUGAAUUGUUCUCUGUUGAUUUUUAAAAUUAACUAUUUUUUAAUUAUAUUUGUAAGUAAUUUAGCUGUAUUUAUUAUUGCAAUAAAAUUAAGUACUAAAUGUAAUUAUGUAA